AUGCACACCGCCGUGGUCGCUCUGCUGCUGGUGGCAGCUGCUGCCUGCAUUAAUGCAGCCGCUCUGCAAGGAGGACAUGAGGGCGGUCAUGGAGGAGGAGGAGGAGGAGGAGGAGCAGGAGGAGGAGGAGGUCAAGGAGGAGGAGGUCAAGGAGGAGGAGGAGGAGCAGAAGGAGGACAUGGCAAACCAGGAGGUGGUGGCAGUGGAAGUAUCAGCGGCAGUGGAUCCUCCAGCAGCUCCCAGAGUGGGGCCGUUGGCGGCGGCGGCGGCGGCAGCGGCAGUGCCAGUGGUAGCCAGUCUUCCAGCAGUUCUCAGAGUGGCGCUGUAGGAGGAGGGAAAGGCAGUGGAAGCAUCAGUGGUAGCCAGUCUUCUAGCAGUUCCCAGAGUGGUGCUAUAGGAGGAGGGAAAGGCAGCGGGAGCGCUAGUGGUAGCCAGUCUUCCAGCAGUUCUCAGAGUGGCGCUGUAGGAGGAGGGAAAGGCAGCGGAAGCAUCAGUGGUAGCCAGUCUUCUAGCAGUUCUCAGAGUGGCGCUGUAGGAGGAGGGAAAGGCAGCGGAAGCAUCAGUGGUAGCCAGUCUUCUAGCAGUUCCCAGAGUGGUGCUGUAGGAGGAGGGAAAGGCAGCGGGAGCGCUAGUGGUAGCCAGUCUUCCAGCAGUUCUCAGAGUGGCGCUGUAGGAGGAGGGAAAGGCGGCGGAAGCAUCAGUGGUAGCCAGUCUUCCAGCAGUUCCCAGAGUGGUGCUGUAGGAGGAGGGAAAGGCAGCGGAAGCAUCAGUGGUAGCGAGUCAUCCAGCAGUUCCCAGAGUGGCGCAGUAGGAGGAGGGAAAGGCAGCGGAAGCAUCAGUGGUAGCGAGUCAUCCAGCAGUUCCCAGAGUGGCGCAGUAGGAGGAGGGAAAGGCAGCGGGAGCGCUAGUGGUAGCCAAUCUUCCAGCAGCUCCCAGAGCGGUGCCUUCGGAGGUGGCUACGGCGGCCUCAGUGGCAGUGGGAGCAAGUCUUCCAGCAGCUCACAGAGCGGCGCCUUUGGAGGUGGCUAUGGCGGCAUCAGUGGCAGUGGGAGCAAGUCUUCCAGCAGCUCCCAGAGUGGGGCCUUCGGAGGUGGCUACGGUGGCUUGAGUGGCAGCGGCAGCAUGUCUUCGAGCAGCUCCCAGAGUGGUGCCUUUGGAGGAGGCUAUGGCAGCCUUAGUGGCAGCAAGAGUUCGAGUCAGUCAGCGUCCGAGAGCGUCGGCUACGGCCACGGUGGCUCCGUGUCGGGCAGCAAGAGCUCCAGUGCAAGCGAAGCUGUCGGCUAUGGACGCUGAUCCUGACCCACGCUUUGUUCCCGGUUACCUCAGCACUUACGUUAAUCCGGCUGAAAUCUUGGUGUAGUUUAAAGCCCGUGCUUGCACUCAGAUGUCUUACUUGUCCUCCAUUCACACUUACUGAUACGUCAAUCGGUUACGUGAUGGUGAAGCUUGCAAAAGCUCUCUUUUCUAUGUAAUGUGUUUUGUGAACAUUAUUUUCAUGUAUGUUUUCAAACAUAUCCUUUCCAAUCUCAGGUAAAGGUACGAGCAUGUGGCUGACCUAGAACUGAUUUGAAACUAUUUUUUUGAUAAUUAUAAUGUAAUUUGCAAUCUGCAAACCCGAUUUUUGUUACUAUUAUAUUUUCGAUAUUCCACAGACAAAUAUAUAAAGGAAGAAUCGAAUGUUGUUGAAAAUAAAGUUAUGUUGACGCAAUUGCCAUACUUGACCUCUAA